CCUGGCCUGGGCACCCCCGGUCCCGCCCCUGGCGCCUCCGUCAUGUCUCCUAUCCCGCCCUUCGUCCGCUGGACACGCUCCCCUCCGCCGCCCCGCCUCUCAUGGCCCUGGGUACCCACCCUGUUCUCCUGCCCGUGCCUUGAGCGCAGUGCCCUCCCCUCCGCUCCCCAUCUACCGGCCAGGCCCCGCUCCCCGCCCUCAUCGUCUCCUCUUCACAGCCUUUGUGCCCAGACCCCCACUGCGCCCCCUCAUUCCUCCUCCCCGACCUUCCGCUACCAUCUUCCCUCUGGGCCCGUCUGCUGCGGCACCCUGGCCUCGCCCCAUCCACCACAUCUUCUCCCCAUGGCCUGUGUGCUUUGGCCCUUCCGCCCUAUAUCCUGAUCUCAUCCUGUCCUGGGCCGUGAUUCCCCUCCUCUUCCCUGGUCCUUUUACCCUUACCCUCAUCUUUUCUAAACAGCCUUACUUCCCUGCACCCGGGAUCCCUCAGCUCCUCCCUUCUGCCCUGUUUCUGGUCCCAGGUUUGUUCACUCAACCCUUCUACAUCUCAAUACUCCAGCUUUGCCCUGAUGUCUCCUUCCCGGCUGCCUCCCCCAACUUGUACUACUUACUCCCAUCUGCUCUGCUGUGCCUUAUGCCAACAGUUCUGUGAUUCAUCCUCCACCAUCUCCUCUUGCCCCCUCACCCCUGCUCCAUUGACCCAGUCCUGUGUUCUGUCUUUGUAUCUCUGAACCUACUUUGCCGCACACCAUAUUCCACUGUUAUCACCCCUCCCUGUAUGGAGUAUUUGUGAGUGGGUGGCUGCUCCAGAGAAGUCCUAGCAGCUCAUCAGGAGCUGGGGAAGUUUGAUUUCGUGUCCGUGUCCUCUGGCUGCAGCAGUUAUGAUAUUUCAGACGAUUGGCCAGGCUACAGUUUGGAUUUAUUCACAUAUCCACAGCACUACUAUGGAGAUCUGGAAUAUGUGCUCAUACCUCAUGGUAUUAUUGUUGACAGGAGGUAAUGCUGAAGAUGAUGGAGAAAAAUGCAAUUACCUCACUAUUUUUACAUAAACAAAAGAGGAACUUAAAUGUAUUUGAGGACAGAAUGCGUGGCCAAAGACAUCAUGCAAGACAUUGGAGACAAUAACAUUGUGGUUCUCUGUGUACUUAAAGGUGGCUACAAGUUCUGUGCUGACCUUGUGGAGCACAUUAAGACUCUCAGUAGAAAUUCAGAAAGGUCCAUCUCCAUGAAAGUUGACUUUGUCAGACUGAAAAGUUACCAUAAUGAUCAGUCUACACAAGAUAUGCAGAUAAUAGGAAGAGAAGAUCUUUCAAAGCUGACUGGAAAGAGUGUGUUAAUCGUGGAGGAUAUUAUUGGAACUGGAAGGACUAUGAAGGCUCUGCUUAAUAACAUAGAAAAAUAUAAGCCAAAGAUGAUUAAGGUAGCAAGUUUGUUGGUGAAAAGAACAUCCCAACCUGAUGGGUACAGACCUGACUAUUAUGGAUUUGAAAUUCCAAAUGUGUUUGUGGUAGGUUAUGCCUUAGACUACAACGAGCACUUCAGAGAUCUAAAUGUAAGUGUUUUCAGCUAUAAACAAGAUUUUUUUUCAGUUUGUUGGAGCCUUGAAGAGCCUGUCAUUUUCCUCUCCCUUGAGGCUUUAUGUCAUGGCCAUGGUCCUUCCAGCAGAAGAGGACCGAAUAGAACUCCCUUCAGAACCUCAGACACCAUUCCUAGAGGAGUCGUUGUUAAGCGUUGUGAGCAAUUCCUUCCUACCUCUUCUCUUGAAAUCUCUUUCCCCCACCUCCCAAGAGCUGAAUGAGUCACUUCUGCCACACUACCAUCUUCUAUGAGUCUGAAGAGUCAGGUCUUGUCUAUACUAGGAUUUUUGAGAUCUGUAAUUCCCAAUAAAUGCAGCUCAACCAGUGGAAGCUGUAAUAUAGGUACGGCUCAGAUAGCUUAGCUGUUUUACUACUUUGUCUUCUAUCCCUGUUCUCAGUGAAUCAGAGAUAAAAGAGGCCUGACACUUGUCUAGCACUUCUACUGGUACUCCCAUUGAUGGAGGUUCACCAGUUGGAAAUUAUAGUCCAAAAAUUCUUAGUGUAAAUACAGCCUGAGAGAUUGGGAUCAUGACUCAAAUCUAGGUCUCUAAAGUGCAGGGUACUAAUCACUAGACCAUUUAGCUGGUCAAAAAUGAAAUAUAUUUCUGAUUAAAGACAAUUCAAUAAUGUAAUUAAUUAUACUGUUGCAAUCUGUGACAUGUUGUUUCAGCACAUAUGUGUUAUCAAUGACAACGGCAAAGGAAAAUACAAAGUCUGAAGCAGGUCCAAGCCUGAAGAUCUGUACAUUCAGUGAACUGGAAAUUUGACUACAAUCCUUGAAACAUAUCCCUGAAAACUAAUUUAGUAGACUUAUGUUUCUUUCAUCUCAGUAUAAAAAGUGGUUUCCUCUAAGGAUAUUGACUUUGGUAUUCAAAAGUGAGUGCUCCUCUCUAAAUAUGAAGCAUUGGGCUUUUAAAGUAUUGCAGGUUUUAAAUACUAAAAUUGCAACAUACUGUGUCUUGUGACUAAUAACUUAUCUACCUACAGACUUGUGAAUACAUCUUUUCUACAUUUAGUCAGACACUCUAAAUCACUUAUUAUUUUUACAGUUUGUAUACCUUGGAAUGUCAUAUACAGUUGCUCAGCCAUAACUUUACAUUGUGUUUUAAAUUUGAUUUUGUAAUACUGCAAACAUGUAUUAACCAGUAAAUUCAGCAUCACUUUAGUUCUAAUCAAAUCCAGCACUAAUGUUCAGUGUUAAUUCAUACACUGUUAGGUUUCAAAUGAAUGUGUGUGUUUGUGUACUUCUGACCACUAUUAUCUGCUCCAUUAGAAUAUUCUGAACUACAGUAUACAAUGAAUCUUAAUGAUGUUCUGAAAUAAACCUUUACAAGACACUCUUGAUUUGAACUUUCAAGAUGAGAUGAUAAUGGUGGUCAUAUAUGUAUGGAUGUAUUCAACUGUGUUUAAUAUACUGAAUUUUAAUUGAAAGAAAACAAUGGUGGUGAGGCUUCAGUUUCUAAACUGCGUCCUUUUAUUUGUAUGGGACAUAAGUCACGGAAUGAACAAAAUGUUUUCAAGGGCAUAUUUCCAUAAUUAAAAAUAAUAAAGUACAAAAGUUUAAUGUUCGCACGGCAGUUAUUCCAGUAUAACUUUGGUUUUCAUAACAUUUUUAACAAAGUUAAGACAUUUCUAUAGUGAAUUGUCCUAUACAGGAAUGCAGAAAUGACUGUUUUGAAGAGUCCUACUAUAAAAACAGUAAACAUUUAUAACAAAAACUCAAUAUCAUAAAAAACAAGUCAGCAUCAUAAAUAUUGAAGACUCUAGAGACUUUCUGCUUUCCUUAAACAGCAUUUUUGAAAUGUUUGUUAAUUUACCUGUUGUAUUACUUUGAAAAAUGUAAUUAUGUGCUGCAUACAACUGUUCUCAAUAACUUCCUGAGGGAAGCAAAUGCCAAGUAAAUAACUAUAACAACAACAGCUUUGUU